GCCAAUGCGUCGAGACACGCACGCAGCAUUCGACAUCAUAGUAAAUAGUCGUUGCGGCCGGACAAUCUCCAGAUGCCUGCGCAUUCCUAUACCAAACUUCUGCUCGUCCACCGUGAGACUUCAAGUGAGCCAUUGUUCUUUGCUUGAUUCUUUCUUGUUCUUCGCUUCGUUUGCUGUCCUCCACGUUGUGUGCAAGUGUUUUGUAUUCGGUGUCAACACCACACGCGUUCGCGCACUUUGGCGCAAGUCGACAACUUACCAUGGACACACUCCGUGCGGUCCUCAGUGUCCGCCAGGCUCCCGAUACCAAUGCGAAUGACGACCAGAACGUUGGCUCCAGCAGAAACGGCUCCCCUUCGCUUUCUGGCCUGAUCUCGACAUUGGUGCCAACCUUGAUCAUCGCCCUCGUCUAUUUCGCCGUCUUUCUGCUCUUGAGAACUCGAUUUCCUCGACAGUAUGCUCCUCGCACAUACCUGGGCGCUCUCCGUCCGCAAGAGCGCACCCCUGCGCCUCCAAACACCUUGUUUGGAUGGAUUCCCUUCAUGAGAAGGCUGCCCGACGAGUACGUUCUCCAACACAACUCCCUCGACGGCUACUUUCUGCUGCGCUAUCUCAAAAUGUCAAUUAUCAUCUGCCUGGUCGGCUGCCUCAUCACAUGGCCCAUCUUGUUCCCCAUCAAUGCCACUGGUGGAGGGGGCCAAACCCAACUCAACGUUCUCAGUUUCAGCAACAUCGUGGACAAGAACCGUUACCUGGCGCAUACCUUUGUCGCCUGGGUCUUCAUUGGUUUUAUCUUCUUCUUGGUUACCAGGGAAAUGAUUUACUAUAUCAACUUGCGGCAGGCGUACCUCUUGUCUCCCUUGUACGCUUCCCGGAUUUCUUCGCGCACGGUGCUGUUCCAGGCUGUUCCUAACGAAUAUGCCAACGAAGCGAAGAUCCGUCGCAUGUUCGGGGAUGAACUUAAGAAUGUCUGGGUAGCUUCGGACGCGAAGAAAUUGGAGGAGAUGGUGGAGGAGCGCUACAAGACUUGCAUCAAACUUGAGACUGCCGAGACCAAACUGAUCAAAUCGGCCAAUGAUGCACGCUUGAAGUCGAGCAAAGGGAAGAAUGCCGCUCCUGAGCUACCCACGGCCAGCUACGAUGUCGACGAGUACGCCGCUGAGUCUGGUGCUGCUGCUGCUCGAUGGGUUCGACCAAAGGACAGACCGACACACCGUCUGAAGCUUUUGAUUGGUCAAAAGGUGGACACCAUCAACUGGUGCCGCGAGGAGAUUGCACGGCUGAAUCCUCUGAUCGAGGCUGAACAGGACAAGUACCGUGCGGGCGAGGCUGUACCCAAGAAUGCGGUCUUUGUUGAAUUCUGGAACCAGACUCAAGCACAGAGCGCUUUUCAGAUGGUCACCCACCACCAGCCUUUGCAUAUGUCUCCCCGCGUGGUCGGUCUCAGCCCAGAAGAAGUUGUCUGGUCGAAUCUCGGCAUAACAUGGAAAACAAUCACCGUCCGCAACGUUAUCUCGCUGGGAUUUAUCGCCGCCCUGAUCGUUUUCUGGUCCAUCCCGGUCGCCGUCGUGGGUUCCAUUUCGCAGAUUUCCUACUUGACCGAGGUAGUACACUUCCUCCGGUUUAUCAACAACUGUCCAAAGGUCAUUUUGGGUGUCAUUACGAAUCUUCUGCCGGUCGUGAUGCUUUCCAUCCUCAUGUCGCUUGUCCCAGUAAUCAUGAGGUUCAUGGGCAAAUUCGCUGGUCUCCCGACAUUGUCACUCAUUGAGCUCCGUUGCCACGAAUCAUAUUUCUGGUUCCAGCUAAUUCAAGUCUUCCUGGUGACCACAAUGACCAGCGCUGCAAGUGCUGCAGUACCACAAAUCAUCAAGCAUCCAGGAUCGUUGACCACCUUAUUGGCUCAGAACCUCCCCUUGGCCUCCAAUUUCUACAUCUCAUAUUUCAUCCUUCAAGGUCUUGUAUUCUCCUCGGGCCAGCUUCUCAACAUUGUUGGACUGGUUCUAUAUAACACCCUUUCGAAGAUCCUCGACAAAACACCUCGAAAGAUGUACAACCGAUGGUCAAGCUUAUCCUCUGUCGGCUGGGGCAGUGUUUUCCCUAUCGUGGAGUUGAUGACUGUGAUAUCGAUAGCGUACUCUCCGAUCGCCCCUCUUAUGCUCGGAUUUGCGGCCAUAGGGCAGGGUCUCUUCUAUUUUGCGUAUCGCUACAGUCUCCUCUUCGUCGACAGCUCAGUCAUCGACACCAAAGGCCUCGUCUAUGCCAAAGCCCUGCAGCAUACUUUGGUCGGCUGUUAUUUGGCGGCCAUUUGUCUCAUCGGCCUCUUCGGAAUCCGAGCGGCUCCGGCACCUCUGGUCUUAAUGGUCGUAUUUUUGGUCCUCAUGGUGCUUUACCAUGUUUCCAUGACUGCAGCUGUCCGUCCGCUCUUGCAUUAUCUCCCCCGCUCUCUGGAAGCUGAAGAGGCAGCACUCCUGCAUACGGAGUCCGCCUUGAUGUCCGGGCCGGAAGGGCAGCCCUCGCGUCCAAGUAUGCGUGAAAAGGAUCAGCUGGAAGAGCUACGAGUAGCGAAGGAGACAAUGCCACCUGGAGGCAAUAAACACGCUUCGAUGAUCAAACGAUUCUUCCGCCCCGACAUCUACGCAAGUUACGCAAUCCUGCGGAAGCUUGUGCCACAAGAGUUCGCCGAGAUCAGAUAUUCGCCGGAAGUCGAGCGAGAUGCGUACCAAGAUCCUGCUUGUAAUGCGGUUGCACCUCUCUUAUGGGUGCCCCGUGAUCCCAUGGGGGUGUCGAGGCAGGAGUGUCUGCAUACAAACAAGGUCACACCAAUGACAGAUGAAGGAGCCAGUUUUGAUGAGAACUCAGGAAAGAUCAUUUGGAAUGAGGAAGAGACGGGUGGUCAGCCGCCAAUCUUUGAAGAGAAGAUUUAUUAUUGAGUGGACACGGGCGAUCCUUUGCAACGUUGAGUGUUCAGAUCUUGCGCUGGGAUGAAAUCCCUUUUGGCUUGGACGUCUUUUGGAGUCUGGCUCCAGGGACGGAAGGGUUCGAUGCUCUAUUUUUGAUGAAUAUAGAUAGGCGCACGGCGUGCCAUGGCAUCGCCAUUUAUGCCGCCAGUUGGAAGACGGGCGUCUUUCGAGGAACCAGGACGCGAAAGAUACCCCCAAAGGCCAACAGAACGGAACGGUCGCUUCUUUUUGCAGGAAACUUUGCAGUAAUGAUACCCCUUCCAAAUUUAUCAUCGGCUCCGAAAACGUUCCUCCAUGCAACGAGCAGGAAAUGGACGGCGAGCGAUAUAUCGGUGGGCAAUGUGUACACAGGUAAAGAAUCGGGCCACCGCCUACGUAUACUUGAAGAAGUAGUCCAGGGUUUUUGUCCUUGGAUUUAAGAAGGGAGAGAGAGGCACUGAGAGCAUAGAACAGCAUGUGGUGACAAGGCGGUGUCGAUAUAUGAUUUCCCUCGCGGAAAAUUACUUCGAGC